AAUUCGCUCUCUCCCUCGCCGGCGGCCGCUGCAAACUUGUGCGCGCCGCACGGCCAACAAACCGGCGGCUGCUGUCGCGGCGAGCAAGCUGUUUCUGCUGCACGCGCCGUUCACUUGCGUCGGCUUUCCUGGCAGCGCGUGCUUCCCCGACUCCACAGCGUACUCCAGGGAGCGAUCGGCUGGAUUACACACACCUCCUCCGUCGUUCCCACCAGGAACGCUGUCAGCGGUCUUAUUCUUGUGCAACCACAGUGGCUUUGAGCUUCCCUCUAUCUUUCUUUUUUCUUUUGAUUCACCGCGGUUUCCUGGAUCCGUCCGUGUUGACCCCGUGUUGUUGGUGCUGGUGCUUUUUUCUGUGACUUGGGGGCUGGAGGCCCGCAUCGUCGUCAAGCGCCGGCGUGCCCCGAGGAGAGGAUUGUGUGCAGGGCUCCGGAAAGGGAGCUGCAAGUUCGGUAUUCGUCGUCUACAGGCGACCUUAUUAGGGUCGCCAAAGCAGUGCUGGUCGAGACAGCUCCGACAAGACGGAUCGGAACAAGUCGGCACGGAGUAACUGCGCGGGUUACAGGUCAAGAUGGCGACGGCAGGGAGAACACUGGGCGGGAGCUGGUCGAGAUUUCGCCACUCGGUCCGGACGGUACAGUGACGUCACCCGGGACACCAUGAGCCUAGUCCUGCGAACGGAAGAGCCAGCGUCCCAGCGGCUCCCCAGACAUGCGCUUCUCAGGCUGUUCAGAGCGUCGAUACUAUGCGUCACGUUCCUGGCCGUCUCGGCGCACAUCACCAUUCGGGAGAAAGACCUAGAUGGCAAGAUGUUGCGAUUCACGCACGGGGACACAGGCUACUACACAGAGCUUCUCUUCGACAUCCACAGAUACCAGCUGAUUGUUGGAGCACGGGACCACCUGUUUCGGCUGUCACUGGAGGAUCUCAAGAAGCUCGAGGAUGUCGCUGUGCCAGCAUCAAACGCAGCUGUGCGGAGUUGUCUACUGAAAGGCCAAACAGAGGAGGGUUGUCGAAACUACAUCAAGGUGCUGCUCUCGCAUAAUGAGCGGCUAUUCAGUUGCGGCACCAACGCCUUUGCUCCAGAAUGCACUUGGAGAGACAUAAACUCUUUGGCCACUGUGAGGGAGAAAGUGGACGGCAUGGGCAAGGCACCCUACAGCCCACACUCAAACAGCACCAUGCUGAUGACCGUGCAAGGCGACUACUAUGUUGCAUCACCUCUGGACUUCUCAGCAAGGGACUAUGCCCUGUACCGCAUCAUGGGCCGAGAGCGGUCUCUGCGCACACCCAUCUAUGACCACAAGUGGCUAAGCGAGCCAAACUUUGUUGGUUCCUUUGAAAUUGGAGAGUUUGUGUACAUCUUCUACAGGGAGUCUGCCGUGGAAUUCAUGAAUUGCGGCAAAGCUGUGUACUCGAGAGUGGCUCGGGUGUGCAAGAAUGACCAAGGCGGCCAGGUGAUCCUCAAGGAGAACUGGACAACAUUCCUCAAGGCUCGCCUGAACUGUUCACUGCCGGGUCUCUAUCCAUUCUACUACAACGAGAUCCAGAGUGUCCACUACCUUGAGAAAGAACAGCUUUUCUAUGCAGCAUUCACCACUGGAGAGAAUAGCAUCUAUGGCUCGGCAAUAUGUGCGUUCAACAUGUCAGCCGUCAAGCAUGCAUUUGAAGGACCCCUGAAGUACCAGUCCACGCAAAAGUCGGCCUGGGAGCGCUCCACCACCACCAGUCAACAGUUCCAGUGCCGUGCAGUUGAGGACAACGAAAGAGUCAUUGAGGCUCAGAACUACCAGCUGACAGAUGAGGCUGUGCAACCAGCAAGCCGAAAGCCCCUGUACACGGGCGAGUUGGAAAGGCUGACUCACAUAACAGUUGACGUUGUCCCCACAAAGUACAGCUUCGAUGGAGUCCAUGUAAUUUUUGCAGCUACACUGGAAGGCGCAAUCAAGAAGCUGGUGGUUAUCCCAGGACUUCUGGAAACCUGUCUCGUUGAAGAAAUCCACCCUUUCUCACCUAGGGAAAGGCACAUAUUCACAAUGAAGCUUCUAAAAGACACUAGCUCUCUGUAUUUGGGAACAGACAAGGAGGUGCUCCGAAUCUUUGUUCACCGGUGCGAGCAGUACAGAAGUGAAGAGUCUUGCCUGGGUUCUAUGGACCCAUACUGCGGAUGGAACAAACACCAGCUGGCAUGCACAACAGCGCCACACCUUAAUCCUCUCAGUCUUGACUGGAAACAGAACCAUGCAGGCUGCCCCAACAGCAAUGUGCCUGUUGAUGGAGGCUGGAGUAGUUGGAGUCAGUGGGCAGAGUGUGACCAGGUCGGCAAGGACCCACCCGGUGAUCAUUGCCUUUGCCGUUCCCGGCAUUGCACCAGUCCCACUCCAGCCAAUGGCGGCAAGCUGUGCGAGGGCUCAUCAUUAGAAGUCACCAACUGCACGCAACAUGGCCAGUGGACAGAGUGGUCUGGCUGGUCAGCAUGCUCACGAACAUGUGGUCUGGCAGUGAAGUUCCGUCGUAGGACCUGUGGGAAUCCAAGUCCUAAGCAUGGUGGACGUGUCUGCCUAGGACCAGAGCAGGAGCAAAUAUACUGCACUUCUAACCCACCCUGUCCAGCCCCUGCCACACCUGCAACCCGUGAGAGCACCUGGUCAGAGUGGGGUGUUUGGAGUGAGUGCACGGCACAGUGCGGCAGUGGCUUCCAGUGGCGGCGGCGACGUUGCGACUCCCCCCGCGGUCGUGAGGGCUGUGGUGGUGGCUGCGACACGGACUACCGUGCCUGCAACACGCAUGCUUGCCCAGAGACACGCAAGAGCUCCAACUGGACUGCAUGGGUGCGCGUCAAUGCCACAAGGGAUGGAUACUUUGAGCAGCGCUUCAGAUUCACCUGCCGUGCCAAUGUUGCUGAUAGCUCAUUGCUCAGGGUUGGAAACGUUAAAAAGGAGGAGCGCUACUGUCAUGAGUCAGCAAAGAGCUGCAUGGACUCGGCAUACCUGAAUAUUGAUGGCGACUGGUCAGAGUGGGGUGAGUGGUCCCAGUGCUCGGUACCUUGCGGAGGUGGCGUCCAGUACAGGGAAAGGACCUGUGACAACCCACGGCCCUCAGGAACCGGUGCCGACUGCCAGGGCCCUUCCAAGGAGGAACGGGACUGCAACAUCCAUCAGUGCCAGAGCCACUGGUCCUGUUGGUCGGAGUAUAGCACAUGCUCCGUGACGUGUGGAGGUGGUGGCACCAAAACACGCACGCGCACAUGCCUAAGAGAACCCGGCUCAGGCACCGAGUCGGGAGCCUGCCAGGGUGAUGCCACUGAGGUCGUGGCUUGCAAUGCAACGUUGCCCUGCCCUUUUUCGAAGCCUGAGGAGGAAGAAUGGACUGAGUGGUCUGUGUGGUCACUGUGUGACCACAACAAUGAGCAGCAUCGCCGUCGAACAUGCAUGAUUCUUGACCCCAACCCAACUCAAUGCAGAGGAUCAACUCGUGAAAGCCGCAUGUGUAUCGCUGGCCAAGAGACAGUUGCCAUCCUACCUGGCCUGGAAGAGCAACGUGACAGUGGAGGCAGUGAAAUUCGAACAGAGCACCUGGUGGGAGCCUGCAUUACAUGCCUCGUUCUGGGUGCGCUGGUAGGAGCGCUGGCCAUGUACCGCUACACCAAGCGGCACCACAGCCGCGACCCCCUGGCGCCAAAACACCUGGGGACACCACUGGUACAGGCUGAGGGCAACACUUACGUGCCUCACUCCCAGUACAAGAACAACUUCUCCACUCUGACCACAUCACCCGGAGGAAAGUUUCAAAAAGAGGCUACUAUCAAACGGAAUGGCUUCAGGGCACAGAUUCAUUCUGACCACAAUUUCUGAGGUCGUGGGACAAGAGAAGCAGUCAAAGAGAAACUUCUGCUGCACUUUCGAAGACACUGUGCUGUGGACAGACCCGUAGCGAACAAGAUUACAGCUUGUCACUUGCUAUGCGAAGCGGAUGUGUUUGGGCUCAUAUUUUUUAGCGAAACAGCAAGGGUUCAAGAUGCGCGAACUGGGCGAUGCUUGCAAGCAGCGAACACAUCUUAUAUCAGUCCUGAAGACUUGUAAAGAGAAGGAUGCCAUAUUGCACCGUUUCACUGCGACAGUAUGGAAGUUGUAAGCCUGCACUCACUGCCAGCUCACAUUUCAUGUGGCGCAAUAUAUGCUCCGACAAUGAGCAGCGAAACAUGUGCUCGGUGCACUUGUGCCUUAAAGCAAUGCAAUUCCAAAGCCCUCAACAUAAAUUUUGCUUGAGACCUUUUGGUCCACAACCAGAGUUCCCUGGAAAGCAACACAGUUUACUGCAACAUGGCUACAAUGCUGCACCUGCAAUGAAGUGCCUUUAAAUGAUAUUUUGCUUGCCGUGAUAAUCAUCACCAUGAAUAGAGCCAGAUAACAGUUUGGUACAGAGGUGUCGAAGCCUACGGCAGAAGUAGAACUUUCAGCUUCAAACAAUCCGAGUUGCGCCCUGCCACCAUCAGUGUUCACAGAUAAUGUAACACCAACUCAAGGAGUGCAGAGAAAUCACCCAAUGAAAUAAAAGUCAACACCACAACAGGUUGACAGGAGUGACUUAAAAGCACAGGUGUGGUCAAGCAUCAUCUAAGUACUUGGUGUGCCCCUCCAGCUACUGAACUAUUCACCAAGUGAAUGAUGCAUUGUUGUACAACACAGUUCCUGACAAGCAGACAGUUGUGAAAUGCAAAACAUCACAGCCAAACCAUAACAGUGUAUCGUGAGGAACCACAAAUGAAGUGAACUAAAGGGAUGUGCAGAAACAUUGUCCUAUAUUUUUCUGCAAGCGUUUGCAGUGCUGCAGCAGUCUCAACACAAAAGAGGACACAAAAAGCUCAUCAAGAAUGAUAUGUGAAAUCGUUGCUUCUUGGAUCCAAGGUGCAUUCAAUCUGUGCUGUGUGAACCAAGGCUAUGGGGACAAGAUUGACAAUGCAAAAAACUACACUGUUGUGCCUUGAGAACAUGGGACAUAGGGUGUGCUACAUGAUGACAUCAAGCCCACAAGCUGCAUGCGUACGGUGCUGUUAGUGUUUAAACUGCUGAGUGUGUGACAGAGAAAUAGUACACCAGUGACACUACUACACAGGGUUACAAGAGUGGUGAGUUUUAGUAAGGCCUUGGACUCAUCUUUUCAGCACGACACCAAUGUCUUCAGUUCAUGUCUGCAUUUCUGUUUGUGUUCAUAAGACGCUUGUGCACUAAUUUGUGAGGAAGUGGUGAACAACAAGAACUGUGUUUGUGACUGCUUGAUCAUGUUCUUGAACUUGAACUGCAGUGGACAGUGCAUAGCACAUCAUGUGUCACCAUCAACAGUUUUGUCUGUGUCUGUAGAAUGGGAAAGUACAUAUAUAGAUAUAUAAACAAAAUACUAAAUACAUUAACAUGUCAAUAAUACACACUAAGUCAGCCAUUUGAUGUGAAGUCUUAUGCAAACCUUCGAUGACAGUGUACGUGUGCUUGACAUUCAAUUUUAACAUCAACUGUAAUUGCAUAUGCCUUACAUUUUUGUGUUCCUAUUUUAGACCUUACUUUGGGAGCUGUGCUCAAUCUAAGAAGGUUAAUUACAAAUUCAAGCAACAAACUUUUCUCUGCAUGUGAUUUUUUUACUAAACAUGGACAUGAAAAAAAAUAAGCACCAAUUCUAUAAGAUUUCAUAAAUAUUUCAAAAUGCCUCGGCUCUGGCAAAGUAAACUUAAGUUUCAAAUGCACACCAUGCAAUAUGCUUGGCUCUUCAACAGCAAGUCUGUUUGCUUACAUUGAAGGUGAGACCAGACCUUAUCAACUAAUCCUUCCUUCACUUGGGACCAAUACUGCAUUUGCAUUUGUAUAUAGCGUGUGCCUGUAGAUAAGCUUAGCUGUAAAUUUCUUCUCAGCUGUACAGAUAGUUGGUUAUGUGGCAAAGAUGGAAGUUUAUAUACUGUGAGACACACACAAAAAGGUUAUUGAACUUACGCUUGUGACAGAUGUGCCAAAACAUUUUUUAUCACUUUUAUAUUCAAUGUCCUAGAGUUGACUGGCAGUUACAUGCGACUGACUACAGGGUGCAUUUUGGCCUGUUAUUUGUGACACAAGAUGCAAAGAUGUGAUCACUUUAUCCAAAAGUGAUUUGGCUAACACAUAAGAGAACAUUCUCUCAGAUAUAUUUGGUGCCCAUGAAAUCCACAUUCGCUCAUGUAAGUGUAUUAAACAUUGUGGCACAUUAAUUAUGCAGCUUGUGAACAACACUGAAAGAAGAUACCUUAUUUAAAUUUCUGGAUACCAUCUGUCAUCAAAACAUGCACUUUUGCAGAAUGUCUGAAAAGGGAAAUCUUUGCUGUAUGAUUUAGCCAAAAGGUGAAUACAACCUCCAGCAUGCAUUUGUUUUGGUGUCACAUGUAACCAGGAUAGCAGUGUAUCAUACUGCCUGUCAGUUUUAUGCCUCUGAAGAUGUUUUAUUUUUUUUGUGCGUGGAUGUGUCCUACUAAAGACAUCAGAACAAUCCAAUGGCUCAUUAUUUCUUAUUCACAAGCACUGCAUGCUUUAAUAUUUUUUUCAGAAAACCUUGGGAAAUGCUUAAGCUUCUCUUUUAAGAGUAGAAUGUGAUAGCAUUAACCCUUUAUUGAUUAGUUUUGCCUACAGGUAACUACAAGAAAAUUUUUUUUUCUUCUGAGUUUUAGUAUUGAGUACAAAGUUUCUGGCUAAAUGUCUUUGACCAACACUGAAUGACAGGCAGCAAGUGUCAUUUAUUUGUUUAGAGCAGGAACAUUGGAUGGGGAAGUAGAGCUUUGGCAUGUUACUCAGUCUUUUGAAAGCAAGGUCAGAGGAGACAGGCCGAUGCAAGAUAUCCAGCUGUAGUGUAGUGUAGUGUAGUGUAGCUGUAUCCACCUUGUUCACGCUUUGCUCAUCGUCUUGAAUUUCCAUCUCCCACAUUCCCCGUGUUUUCAGCUGUAGUGGUGUCGCACAUGUGAUGUGAAGUGCAUGAAAUGUACACCUAUGGUUCACAUAUGAUGAGAGCUGUCUAAACAAAUUGAAAACAAAGCCUCAGAUGGCUUGGAGUGAAGCCCAGUUCCAGUUUCCUGACUGGGGGUUUUCCUCCUAUUGCUGAAAAGAUUUCCGCAAAAUAUAUUUUUUGUUUUGCUGAUUA